CGCUCCACGUCAACUCCCACAGCUCUGCCAGCGUCGACUUCACUUUGCUUCGACUGCGAUUUUGCCUCCAGGCCUCUGCCAAUUCCACUUCUCUGUCGACUCUCGUUCCAGCGGCUGGCUCGUUUCUUCUGUCUGCUGCGUUGCUUGCAUCCCGUGUCGUGCUGUCGACCUAUCUAUCUCCGCGUUCUCUGCAGGUAGAGAGCAAGAGAGGCUACACCUCCUCAGCUUCAGCACCGGACAGACAGACCUACGUUCGCUUCCUGCAGAUACACCCCCGAGCUGUUCCUGAGGGAAUACGUACUGUUCUUCGCUCUUUUAUUCGGACCUCUCACCGUCACCGCAUCUCUCCUCUAUCAACCCAUCAGCCCCUUUCUGUCCCGCUCCUGAUAACGCAGACGACAACGACAGCGACGAAACCCCGAAAACCAUCCUUCAACGGGGCUGUUCCUCAUUAUACCCACUUCACACACAAUAUACCUUCGAAGGUCGGCCCAGAUAUCGCAUUAUGGCUGCCGACACCGGCCUAUACAACUCCUCAGAGCCUGUCCACACAAUGCCCUCCCCCGCCCCAAACGAUAGCAAUUCCAACGGCACUACCAACGGAACCCAUCCCACAGCAAACCAUGACAAUGAGAAUUCGCACCCAUCCACCACCUCCUCCUCUUCCUCAGUUUCUGAUGUAGAGUCAGAGCGGAAAUCGAGGGCAGACCGCCCCCGCAUUGCCAGCAGGAAACCUAGCGCCUCGAUACUCGUCCCCCGGGACCACCCUGAGAUCGAAAUUGAGAAGGAAGAGUUUCCGCCAGAUGACGCUCGUGCGAUGAGUCCGCGAAGGAACUUUGCAGACGUCAAAAGGCUAGGCACUCAGGCAAGACUUACACUUAAAGAACAAGCAAAGACGUUGCAGUCGUCUUUACAGGCCCUGGCAGACCGGAUUGACGAGGUCAAAUCAGACCAUGAUAAGCUGGAGAACGAGAACCGCUUCCUGCAGGACUACAUCGGCGGCUUAACCAGGACCAUGUCUACCAAGUCUGAGCUUACCUCAACCAGUGGUGCAGGCAAGGGAAAGAAGGCUCAGAAGUAACCAGGCUUUUCCUUGUGCUCGCCGGCUUCUGGUCGCCGCUCGGCGCCUGUACGUUCUUAACUUGGAAGAUACCAUGGAGGCCGUCCUUACCCUAGCUUGAUCUGAACUGGAUAAACACUUUAUUUUACUUCCACCAGCCCCAGCCACCUCUCACACCGCUCUAACCACGCCUCUUUUACACUUCAUACAUUCCGAUCCCCGACCCCCGACCACACAUGGCACAUGCCGAACAAGGGACGAGUUUGAUACACCGGGCAGAAUAGUCUGGCUUAUCCCUGCGCCACCUUAUCGCUCCAUCACUGACCAACCCUGUCCCGUUACUUAAUUUCAUGACCCGGUUACGCUUUAUGACCCUUUUUUUUCUUUUUUCUUUUUUUUUUUUCAAACAAACCAGCAAUCAUUAGCAUAAGCCGACUCUCAUACUUUACCAAUCCUCCGCCAAAUAGGUCCUCGUGAAAUCAACAUGACGUUGACCUCUCCGUUUCUUACAUCUUACUGUGUUGCGAUGCUAUGCUAUGUGAUGGUAUAUAACUUUUAUGCAACGUCUUUCCCGAUAACAGAACAGGGCGCUAGAAGCUACUCCGUUUUACCCCUUUACCCUUUCUUUCCUGUGAAUUAUUACCUUCAACAACGAGGCCAGCCAAACUGCGCUUGACCUGGGCCCUCUGUCUUCUUCUCAUUUACUCUCUUGGUCCUUGUGGUUUUCUGGUGCUUGCAUUGUACUUCUGGCCAUGGUUCGAGUAUCGAUUUGGUGUUGAUUUUUGUUUUCUAUUUCCACUGGACAAUGAAUCGGCCGCGAUAUAAGAUACCCUCCGUUGUUCUUGUCGCUUCUCUCUAUUGCAGUUCUUCUACUUCUUUUAGACCCCGUUGCUCUUACGGCCUAAUUUUACUUCUUUAAUUCUUCUUCGGUUUUAUCUUGUCCCUGGUGCUUUGCUGCUUUCCAUUGGGCGAAAGACUGUUUUUGGUUACCUAAGCGUCAGACCAUGUGACCCGGCUUGAGCCGCCCCAGCCGUCUCCUGGCUUUCCUUCAGAUCGCAUCUUGUUGCCCCUUGCCCUGCGCAUGGCAUCCUUCAGGCGGAAGACCCCAUGCCGACGUUACUUUGGCCGUCUCCAUGGUUCAUUCAAACUGACACAAUAAGUCAAAAACAUAAAAAUGACGAUACCCCGGAUUUUGACCGGGUGGCCGGGUGUAUGGAAUAGGGGAAAUGGCGCACCUGACUCCUUACCAGCGCCGCUUGGCUUCUGUUUAGCCGGGUCGGUGGAUUGGAUGAUGCCCAACGAAACACGAAGCAAACGGGGAAGACCAUUACAAGCAGACAGGCAGGCAGGCAGACAAGCAAAGGGACCAAAACAAAAAGGGGGGGAACGAAAAAAAAAAAAAAAGCAAGAAAGAACACGAAAACCAUCGCUGGUAGCCGGCGUAUCACGGAUCAUGGAUCACGACGUCACGAUGCCUGUUUGGCCGCAGAUCAAAAAAAAAAAAAAAAAAAAAAAAAAACGGCUCUCUUGACUUGAUGAUGGACCAGCUGUGCGCCACACAACCGUUCCAACCUUUCCACACCACACCACACAUCGCAUGCAUGCAUGCAUGUAGCAUCCCUGGGCCGAUGGGCUGACGUUUUGACUUGCUUGACCAGGCUUGACCGGACCACUCGCUCACUCACUCUCUUUUCGACCCGGGUUAGAUCCAACGGCUUUCUGCAUCUGUCUUCGUCCCCUUUCCCUCGCUUCUUCCCUUUCUUUCCCCUUUCAACCAACCAUACUUGGCUUGGAGCUCCUCUAUUAAUGCUUUGCUUUUUUUUUUAUUUGUCUAUUUCUUCCGGGGAUACACUUAAUUACUGGCUCGGUGUGCAUGCAUGAGUUUGCGUCUGUCUGCGCCUGCGCGUGUCCCGGUAUACAUGUGAUGUCAUCGGGUAGCUACCUACCUUUUUCUCUUCCUCCCCGGCCUCACAACCGACACCGUUCUCAAACACGUCGAUGCAUGUAAGCAGCCGUUCAGGACUGCGGCGGUCGCUCGUCUCUGUUGUUGUUCCAUAGCUGGCCUCUUAACAUGCAGACGGAUGGCAUAUUUACACCUCUUACGUUUCUUGUUUUUUUACACUUUCUUAUUGCUCUUCAGCCGAAAUUAGGCCCGACUGGAGUCUUCCUUCUUCCACCCUAAUGAAUCAUAUCACAAAAAUAAAGUCAUUUCAUCGCAUCGCCUGGGUUUAUUCAUUACUUUUUCUUCUUCGUUUCGCGGACACAAACACUAUGGAAACAUUUUUUAGCGUAUCAAUAUGGCUUGACCUUGCCUCAAAUCAUGUAUAUAAUUACUUUUCUAUACCUGUCCGGUUCAGGGAUUCAAGUAAAAUCACUUCCACCUCUAACAUUAUAUAUUGUUCUAUGUAUCUUCUUGGGAAUAUUUAACGAUAUCAUACCCCAAGGACACUCUUGAUCCACCGUCCUUUGUACAUCCAUGGACCUGGCUCUGUCUGCUAAUUUCCCGAGCUUUAGACUUGCUACUUGCUGAGUUUCCUGUAUCUAAACAAUAAAUAAAAGCAUACUUCCUUGCUUACCCGGUUAAUUUGGAUAAACGAUAACCCAACGCGGAGCCCGUCCUGGGUAAUUCACACUCACCGUGCAUAUACGGGGAUGUGAUGGGCUUUGGGUGGACUGGAAGAUGGCGGGAUGCAUACAGCGCCGGAUCUGGUACUCAUGCAGCCUGCACGUAAAAUCAAGGCAAGGCAACACAAGACAGACGAAUAUUCAAUUGAGCUGUGGUUUCAAGGCAUGUAAGUACGUGUACGCUUCCUCGACGAAACAUCCCGUACUCGGUAGAGAGAAACCUGCUUGCUACGACUGAUCCAACCUGUUUGUGAGACAUCAUACACCCUGUCGCCGUUACGCUUGUAUCCUUUGUUACGCCUGCAGAAUGGAUGUAUGCGGUCUGCCGUUUGCUUUGUUUCUCCUUCCACCUUUCCCCCCGUUUCGCGCGAUCUAUAUCUCGGGGCUAGCUAUAACUAGGUGAAAGAUAAACAUCCAUACAAAGCUCUCUAUCA